AUGCGGCGGCUCGCUCAUGCGCUUACUGGGGACUACGGCUUCAUCGAGCUCGCUCCCAACCCCCCCGCUCACUCGAAAGAGUCGCUCACCCAUUGCGAGAUUCGGGUGAGGGGAAGUGUGCGCGGAGUUGUCGAGGCGCGGUCGAAGGACGUGCUGGACGCACUGGUCGAGGAGGUGAAGCGCCUGACCGAAGGAGGGAAGCGCGACAUCCUUCUCUCCGACCUCGAGGGAUCGAGCCAGGCUGGCGCUCAGAGCCUCUUGGGCAAUGUCCUGGAGUCGACCAGCAAGAUCCCCGGCAUAGCGACCAUCUUCUGGACCGACGGGACCUACCACGUCCCCGCCAUGCGCAUCACGCUCGACCAGCCGCCUCCCGUCGUCCCUCUUCCGUCCCUUUCCAGCCGGCUGUCUUCUCCUCAAACCGCCCCUCCUCCGCAAUCGCUCUCAAACCCCUACUUCCUCGUCAUCGGCGAGAAAACCCCUCUCGGCGUCAGCUACAAUCUGCCGCUCGACAACGCCUUGCCCCGCGCCUACGAAGUACCGUACUACACGCCCCGCGCCGAACCGUCCAACACCUCAUUCUUGUACAGUCUGCUAACCUCGACCGCUCACCCCGAGAACCUUUACCGAGACGCCGUCGCGCAUCUCGGGCAGAACUCGAAACUGCACGUCGUGCUAGGCGAACUGGGUCUCUCGCCCAUGAUGACGGGACCGCUUGCGAGUGCGGCAGGAAGUACACCUUCGUGGAAUGGUGGAGGUGCGGGAGCGACGGCUUUCGGAGGCUUUCCAGGUGCGGGCGGUUUCGGAGGAAGUCCUUCUGGGUCAGGCCCAAGCGGAACUGGCGACGGAGGCGGCGGAGGCUCCUUCCCGAGCGCCUCUCAGUCUUUCGGCGGUGGUCCAGGCGGGUAUACGGCUGCUCCUGGCAUCUAUCCGCAAGCUUCUAGCGCCGCUGUCGGCGGUAGCGACCAGUCAGUAUCGAUCCUCAGCCAAGGCUCGAACACUGGCGUGGUCGAGAAGACCUCGAAGAGCGCAGCCGCCCACAAGGACGCCUCGCGCUGGACGAAGGAUUACGUCCCUCUCCGCUUGGCGGAUAUCGCUGAGCUUGACGCCAUCCCGAUUGCUCGCUCGUACAACUCGGACAACGUUGAGCGUUUCGGCCUCCUUUACCGUCUGCGCCCGCGAGACGAGAACACGACGCCCCCGCUUUUACCUCCUCUCUCAACGACGCCUACUGCAAGCUCAUCCGAUACCAGUCGCACGUUGGCCACAGCAAACGCCUCCACCUCGCCUCGACUCCUCGUCUUUCGCGACGAACCUCUCGCAGGCGGCGGCACAUCGAGUGUGCACGAGCUCGAGCACGACCCCGACGUCCUCAUGAAGAUUUCAGUCGGCGCAGAGGAGGCCGAAGCGGUCGAGCACGAAGGCCGACUGUACCAGCGCUUUGGGACGCGUCUGCAAGGCGUCGUUCCCGACUUUCACGGCAUGUUCUCUGGACAGCCUCUCCUCACCGACUCGAUCGUUCUCCUGCUCUCUCGUUGCGGCGAGGCUAUGGGUGCCUGGGACAGCUUGACCGUUGAUCAGCGGUACGUCUCGACCCACUUCCUUUGCCAGGGAACAUCUCUACGAGUCCUUCCUCCGCCUCACGAGGUCGGCAUCAUGCACAACGACAUCAGCGCGAACAACAUCCUUGUUGACCGCGCGACGGGCGAGGUUCGCAUCGCCGACCUGUCGUCCGCCACUGAGCAUGUCUGCGCCGGUGCCAAGGCCUGCCCCGAGCUCAAGGAGCUCUCCUGGCUCGAUACUUCGAGCUCGAGCGCAACUGAGGACGUUCGCGAGAGCGCAUACGCUCUCGAUGGAGCCGAACAGUGGACGAAGAACUACACCCCUCUCCGCUUGCAGGACGUCCGCACGCUCGAUGUCGUGCCGGUGGCUCGCUCUUUCGUCAAGGAAGCUGUCCUCCUUUCCGGGUCAUUGUACCGAUUGCCGACGUCCGCCGAAGAGCCUACGCCCCCGCUCUCGCCAUCCACCUCGAUCACCCCUACAGCUAGCCCGUCAAGCACCGCUCGGACCGAUGCCUCGACUGAUACCUCUGUCACCGCACCUCGCCUCCUCGUUUUCCUCGCCGAGCCUUUCGCGUCCGGUACGAUGGCGAGCGUACACGAGCUGAAGCAUGACCCCGACGUUGUCCUCAAGAUCUCGAUUUGGAAGGACGACUUAACUGCGGCCGAACACGAGGGUCGCCUGUACGAGCGCUUCGGCGAACGGCUUCGAGGAGUACUUGUCGACUUCUUCGGCAUGUUCGUCGGCCGUCCUCUCCGUACCGACGCAAUCGUCCUCUUCCUCUCGCGGCAUGGCAAACCUCUCGAGGAUUGGAGCAGUUUGAGCAUUGCCCAGCGGAAGCAACUCUACAACCACUUCCGCCGGCUUCACGAAGUCGGGCUCAUCCACAACGACGUCUCGCCCAACAACAUCCUCGUCCACCCUGAGACUGGCGACUUGCGUCUCAUCGACCUGGCACAGGCUGUCGAGCAUACCUGCGGCGGACCGCAGACCUGCGCCGAGCUGAAGGAGCUCUCCUGGCUCGUCUACAACCUCUGA